AGGAAGUUGGUCGCGCGAUGUGACUGUUGUGUAUGUGAUAGUGGGCUGGCAGAAGUUGGCCAGGAACACUAACAGCGGGUCUUUUGUCAUUGCAUCAUCGCUCACCUCGGUCGAGAUGCCCCGCAAUCGGCACCGUUGCCCAGGGCUGCUUGGCGCAGCAGGGACAGCCGCCAAAACUUUGGUGACUGACAAACCUGCCGCAUCUCUGGAGCAAACCAUCGCAACCCCGUUCAGGUCCUCGAAAUGUCAUCAGCACCGGCCAAAGACAAUAGCAACCACCCGGCGGUCAAGGGGCCAAGUGCCCUUCGGUCCAUAAUUGCCGGCUCAACUGCGGGCGCUGUCGAGAUUGCCAUUACCUACCCAGCCGAGUUCGCAAAGACCAGGACACAGCUCAACCGCAGGUUAGCAGAGGGCAAGAAGCUGCCAUGGCCGCCUUUCGGUGCUCAGUGGUAUGCCGGGUGCACCACGCUGAUUAUCGGCAACUCGGCUAAGGCGGGCAUUCGAUUCGUUGCCUUUGACCAGUACAAGAAGAUGCUGGCUGACGCCGACGGCAAUGUCUCCGGUCCUCGGACCGUGAUUGCGGGUUUCGGCGCCGGUGUGACCGAGUCUCUGCUCGCUGUCACACCGACAGAAAGUAUCAAGACCACCCUCAUCGAUGACCGCAAGUCCGCCAAACCUCGCCUCCGCGGGUUCCUCCACGCCGUUCCAAUCAUCGCCCGCGAACGUGGUAUCCGCGGUUUCUUCCAGGGUUUCGUGCCCACCACCGCCCGUCAAGCGGCGAAUAGUGCUACUCGCUUCGGUUCCUACACUGCUUUGAAGCAGCUCGCCGAGAGCUACACAACGCCGGGAGAGAAGCUCGGCGGUGUGGCUACCUUCGCCAUGGGUGGUAUCGCAGGGUUGAUCACCGUCUAUGUGACCCAGCCUCUUGAUACCAUCAAGACGCGUAUGCAAAGUAUCGAGGCCAAGCAACUCUACGGCAACUCGUUCCGGUGCGCGAGCAUCAUCUUCAAGCAAGAGGGCGUGUUGACUUUCUGGAGCGGCGCGCUGCCACGAUUGGCGAGGUUGAUUAUGAGCGGUGGUAUUGUGUUUACCAUGUACGAAAAGAGCAUGGACCUGUUUAACAAGCUGGACCCAGAGGGCAGGUAUCUAUAAACAAGGGUUUGGGGGAGGUUGUGUCUUUACAGGGCGUUCUGGAUGGUUGUCUUGCUCUUUCUUAUACCCCAUUAUGCAUGGGUAGACAAAAAGGGGGAGGGGGUAUGUACAUUGGAAUACAAAAUAUGGGAUUAUGACCGUGUAUCCGUUUUCUUUUCCCCAGACUCCAAACGCCGCGUCAUGCAGAAAUAUCAUAUUGUACAGUCGUGUACAUGGAUGGCCGAUACUAUCGAGGCAUCAUUCCAGGCGGAACAUACCCUGGACCCUCUUGGCUACCCUUUGGAAAUAAGAACGUGUGGGUGCCUCAUUGAGCUCUUUCAGGAUGUCGCUGUAGUAGUUGGGGUUAAACUUGGGUUUGAGGAAGGAUUCCGGAACACGAUACU